UUGCAUUGCAGGAACAAUGGCUCGCUGCCGCAGGGCGACAAAGGCAGGAGGCGGAGCAAGCUGGUGCUCUACAAGCGGGACCGGCCCAACGGGAUCAAGAGGUCCAAGCACUACGUCGUCAAGACGCCUCAUGCCAGUCAGGCCAUCUUGGACACAACUCAGCAUUCGAUCUCCUAUACACUCUCACGAAAUCAAGCGAUUAUUGUCGAAUAUAUGCCAGAUGAAGACACGGACAUGUUUCAGAUUGGCAGAUCAUCGGAACCUCCUAUAGAUUUUGUCGUGAUGGACACAGUGCCAGGAGGUGAAAAGUGUUCUGAGGGGAGAGUUCUAGCCAGUACCAUUUCAAGGUUUGCUUGCAGAAUCCUCGCAAACAGGAACAACCCUAAGGAAUCAAGAAUAUAUGCAGCUGGUUUUGAUUCUUCUAGAAAUAUAUUUCUUGGUGUAACUGAAUUUAAAAGUGGCCGUAAGAGCUUGGGAGACGAUGAACGUUUGGGACGUCCAAAAACUGCAACUACUGACGAAAUCCUCGCCAAAGUUCACCAAAUGGUGCUAGACGACCGCCGAAUUAAAGUGAGAGAGAUAGCAGAGGAAAAAGCAACAAAAUGGCAGGAAGGACAUGAUAUUGACGGCCUAACUACUAAUGGAGUGUUGAUUAUGCAUCCGCAAGGCCAGUUUUGUGGGGGUGAUGCAGAACCAGGCAUUUGGAAAGAGGUUGAAGGUGUUAGUAAUGUGCUUCAGGAUGGAACAUUAAUAGAUCUAUGUGGAGCUACUCUGCUAUGGAGGUCUGCAGAAGGUCUUGCUAAAUCACCCACUAAAGAAUACCUGGAGUCCCUUGUUGAUAAAGUUAAUGCAGAGCGACCAAUGUGCCCCGUGGGUCUGAAUACCCUUGUCAUCCCUCGCAAAUCAAGCCAGGACGCAGACAAACAGGAUAAACAGCCUUAUGUUUACCUUAACUGUGGCCAUGUCCAGGGGCUGCAUGAUUGGGGUGUGGAAAAGGGUUCCAAUUCGAGAACGUGCUCCAUGUGUUUCAAGAGUGGACCAAUGGUGAAACUUUCAAUGGGAAUAGAGCCAGCAUUUUAUGUUGAUUCAGGACCACCUACAUUUUAUGCUUUCAAUCCUUGUGGUCAUAUGGCUACUGAAAAAACUGUCAAGUAUUGGGCUAUUGUUCAGAUCCCGCACGGGACUUCUGCUUUCGAUUCAUUUUGUCCGUUCUGCGCGACACCUCUUCAGGGCUACCCUGGCUACGUAAAGCUGAUAUUCAAUUAGAUUCUAGCACAAGACUGUUAUUAAGAUUCUCCCAUGUACAUACCUUUCCCAGGUAUCGAACCUGAACAAAAUGUAUUUUUUUGAAAUUUGUAGGCAGAUCCUCUUUAUAGAAUUAGGAAAGCUUAAUGUUUUUGAACCGUUUUAAUUUUAUCUUAUUACAAGCACAUAUCAUAUCAAAUUUAAAACUCAGGUCGUAUAGCAAAAUAUUUUGCCGACUUAUUGGUUUCUGAAUGUGCAAUAUUGAAAUGAACAUUUUAUUAUUGAUUCCUCACUUGAAAGAAAUAUUAUAAGCUAUUGUGUUCUUUAUUUAUUGUUUUGUUACUUUGUAUUUUCAGGUACAAUAUUUUAUUAUUGAGCGGAAUGACCUUUAUUGGCAAGUGUUUAUAAUGUUUUUCUAUUCUUUUAGCCAUGUUAUAGUUUAAAAAGUUUAUUGCCUAAUCCAUCCCAUCUGUUUAUAUUUUUUUUCUAUAAACAAUUUCUAUGUAUUUUUUUUUCUUAUGUUGAUAAUUUUUUUUUCUAUUUCUGUGUUUUUACUGUUAUCAGUAAUGUUGUAAAAGAUGAAGUUCUUUGAAUUGACCAAUUUAUUUUUUAAGACUCAUAUUGUAUAGUUAGUCUUUUUAAAAAAUUAGUUAAUCCAAUUAGUAUUUAUUAGUAUUUAUUAUGUUUAUAUUUUAUGACUAAAUUAUUGUUAAUAAUUUUGUUUGGGUACUAGUACAUUUAAAUUGUAUUGUGUGGCAUAAUGUGUGACCUGUUUGUUACAUGGCUUUCACUGGAGUACAAGUAUCACUCAGAUGUAAAUAUUGUGUGCAACACUAUGUUCUCAAUACUAUGAAUAUAUUAUAUAUAUAUAAUGAAUAUUAUAUAUAUAUGUAUGUAUAAUGGAGUAGUAAAACAAGUAAAUAAAAAAUUAAAGAACAAAACAUAUUAAGUGUUUUUUCUUUCAUCUCUCUUAGGAAAUUCAACUUAGAAUUAUUUGUAUAUAUUAUAAAAAUAUUUUUUAAUAUUUUUAUGCAUUGAGAUAUAUUAAAUAGUAUCCUUGAAAUAACAUAACUUGUUUGUUAUGUCAAGUAGUGAUCAAAUUUUGUACUGUAAUGUAAAACCUUAUAUAAAAUUGCUUAAGGCGAUUAAAAUAUUGUGAUAACUGUUUUUAAGUUCUAUUUUGAUUGUAUUCUUUGUUAGGUGAAACUAUUUUACAUAGAAAUCGAAAAUAAUUUUAAGAAAAAAAUGUAGCGCAUUAAAAGAAUGUAUUAUUUUUAAUAGAAUUUGAAGUCAAUAGCUUGUGUAUUGAGAGAUAUUAUAUGUAGUUGCCUAUGUCGAAAAUUUCCUUCAUCGAGAAGGACAAUACCAUUUUUUGAUAAUGUAAUACUGUGUAUAAAAAUCACAAAUGUCUAAUGUUCUUCAUAACUUUGAAUGAUUUUAAAUAUAUAUAUUUUAAUUUGUUAACUAAAGAGAUAUUAUUGAGCUUUCCAAUUUUAAUCACCAUUAAAACAAGAUCUACGUCAAUAUAUUUCUGUAAACUUUUUAAUAACAAUGCAUUAAAGGAAAUUUAAGCUCUAGAAUUAAGAAAAAUUGGUCUUUUUGAUGAAAAAAACAUGAUUCUCUUUUCCUCUUAUCUCUUUCAGACAAUAGUAUUUUUAAUGUGGAACUGUAAAGAAAACAAAAUUUUUGGAUGUUUUAUUCAUCUUUUUAAAUGUAUUGAAUCGGGCUUUUUUUUUUUUUUUUUUUUAGUAUGUUCAUAGAUGUAAAUGGUCUUAUUGUUUAAUAAUGUUUUAUUUUUUAUGUUAUGUUUAUCUGUGUAUAUUUGAGAUGAUAGGUAUCUACAGCUAAGGAGCCAUUCUGUGGAUAGGGAUUAAAAGAUCGGAAACUGAAUUUAUGUAUGUUAGGGUUUCUGCUUGUUUAGCUAAACACUGUGUAUGGAAAACAUCUAUGAUUUAUAAAAAAAAAAAAAAAAAUUUGAGAAAAUGACUGUAAAAUAUAGCUCUAGUGAUAUUAAAAUACUUUUCUUUGGAACCUACCUUCUCCUCAACCACUUUAUUGAAAUGGCCAUCACAAGUUACAUUUUUGAUAAAAGAGAACAGUACUUAAGAAAUGUUUUUAAUUAUAUCC